AUGACUUCUCGACCAUCCCCGUUUGAGGACUGGACGAAUAUGCCGUUUCUCCAAGCCCCACCACAGCUUCGCCCUCCAAGUGAGAGUGUAGAGUCGACGCAAGUUGCCACACAGAGGGGCCUCGUCUCACAGUCACCCAGAUCCUUAUUUUCAUUUCUAACAACCUCAUCACCGCUACCCUCACAAUGCCUUUUACACUCCCCCCCUUCAUCGCUCGCCUCGCGCCGGCCCUUGACCACUUCCACAACCCUCCAUCUCGCCUCCCCCUCCAACUCUGAGUUCCCCGCCGGCUCGGCAACCGCCACCAUCGCCGCGGGCUGUUUCUGGGGCGUUGAGCACAUCUACCGCAAGCACUUUGGCGCCUCAGGGCUCCUCGACGCUCGGGUAGGGUAUAUCGGCGGCGACGCUGAGCACCCCACGUACCGCGCCGUCUGCACUGGCCGCACUGGGCACACCGAGGCUCUGCAGGUCGUGUACGACCCGUCCAAGGUGUCAUACGCUCAGCUUCUCGAGUUUUUCUACCGCAUGCACGACCCUACGACUGCCAACCGCCAGGGCCCCGACACGGGCACCCAGUACCGCAGCGGCAUCUACUUUCACGGCGAGGAGCAGGAGCGCAUCGCCAAGGAGAUUACCCGCAAGGCCAACGAGCAGUGGUACGAGGGCAAGAUUGUCACUGAAAUUCUGCCCGCCGGCCAGUGGUGGAACGCCGAGGACUACCACCAGAAGUAUCUGCACAAGAACCCCUCUGGUUAUGAAUGCCCUAGUCACUUCUUGAGGACAUUCAAGCCCCUCGAGUGA